CAGUGGUUCUUUUCAAGAAGCCAUCAAGCCAGUCCUCAUCAUCGCCCAAAUCUUUGCGUUAAUGCCAGUUCGAGGAAUCGGUUCCAAAUUCGCUGAUGAUCUGACCUUCACUUGGUUCGGUAUUCGAACCUAUUAUGCCCUGGUCACCAUCCUAUGUUUUGGAAUAACCUCCGGCUAUUUGGUGGCCUAUGUGACGAAUGUAUCAUUCGAUUUCGAUUCCGUGGAGACUCUGGUCUUCUAUUUAUCCAUUUUCCUAAUCUCGUUUUCAUUUUUGCAAUUGGCCAGGAAGUGGCCCAAAAUUGCUCAGGAGUGGCAGUUGGUGGAGGCUAAGUUACCACCUCUUAAAUUUCCCAAGGAAAGCAAAUCUCUGGCUCAGCAGAUCAAGAUAAUCACCUUUGUGGCCACCACUUGUUCUUUGGUGGAACACAUAAUGAGCAUGCUGUCUAUGGGCUACUAUGUGAACGACUGUCCCCGAUUUCCGGGUCAUCCCAUCGACAGUUUCCUGUACUUAAACUUCUCCUCGGUGUUUUAUUUUAUGGACUACACCCAUUUCCUGGGGCUCCUGGGAAAGGUUGUCAAUGUAUUGAGUACCUUUGCCUGGAACUUUAAUGAUAUCUUUGUGAUGGCUGUUAGUGUGGCUUUAGCUGCUCGUUUUCGGCAGCUAAAUGAUUACAUGAUGAGGGAGGCCAGAUUGCCCACUAGUGUAGACCAUUGGAUGCAGUGCAGGAUUAACUUUCGGAAUCUUUGUAAACUGUGCGAGGAGGUGGACGAUGCCAUAUCCCUCAUUACUUUACUUUGCUUCAGCAACAAUCUGUAUUUUAUUUGUGGAAAAAUCCUGAAGAGCAUGCAGGCUAAACCUUCGAUAAUGCAUACCCUGUACUUCUGGUUUUCCCUAGCCUAUCUACUUGGUCGUACUCUCAUCUUAUUGCUUUAUAGCUCCAGUAUCAAUGAUGAAUCGAAGCGACCUUUGGUCAUCUUUCGACUGGUUCCCAGAGAAUAUUGGUGCGAUGAGCUUAAACGAUUUUCGGAAGAAGUUCAGAUGGACAAUGUGGCUCUGACAGGCAUGAAGUUCUUUCGUCUCACACGCGGCGUAGUCAUUUCGGUGGCUGGUACAAUCGUGACCUACGAAUUAAUUUUGCUGCAGUUCAACGGCGCUAAAAAGGUGGCCGGCUGCUUUGAAAAUAAGUGCAAAACAACAGGUGUUUUUAAUGGUCACUGGGCCAGCUCACUGUGUGCCAGCUCAGUUGGCCGGGCAAAUCCUUUGGAGCAGUUUGCCUUUGGGAGUGGAAUCAGCAGGUCGCAGGAUGAAAUUCCUGCCCAAGAUGGGGCGCAAAUUGCGACGGUUGAAAACGAAGGUCAGGAAACUGGAUUUGGUUCACGAGAGAUUUAUUUUGACCUAUUGUUAUUUUGCUUAAGUGCCCGUAAGAAAGCCUUACAAGAAAGUUGCGAAACUUACAAAAAUCAUAUGGAGAAUGAAUUCGAAGUGCCGAGUAAAUUGCCCAAGCUAUCGCGAAGCACCAAGGAGGCAUUCCUCAGCGAUGGAACCUUCCACCAGGCAGUGGGCAGGGUGCUCCUCGUGGCCCAGUUCUUUGCCAUGAUGCCAGUUAAGGGAGUGACGGGUAAACAUCCAUCGAAUCUGAGCUUCUCGUGGCGUAGCAUUCGCACCUGCUUCUCUCUGCUUUUCAUCGCCUCGAGCUUGGCCAACUUUGGACUAUCGUUGUUUAAGGUCCUUAACAACCCAAUUAGUUUCAACAGUGUUAAGCCCAUCAUAUUCCGGGGAUCUGUUCUGGUGGUGCUGAUGGUGGCUCUGAAUCUGGCCAGGCAGUGGCCCCAGCUAAUGAUGUACUGGCACACGGUGGAGCAGGAUCUGCCGCAGUAUAAGACGCAGUUGGCCAGGUGGAAGAUGGGUCACACCAUUUCAAUGGUCAUGCUGGUGGGAAUGAUGCUGUCUUUUGCGGAGCACAUUCUGAGCAUGGUAUCGGCCAUAAACUAUGCCUCGUUUUGCAACCGCACCGCUGAUCCCAUCCAGAACUAUUUUCUACGCACCAACGACGAGAUCUUCUUUGUGGCCAGCUACUCCACUCCUUUGGCUAUUUGGGGCAAGUUCCAGAAUGUCUAUUCGACCUUCAUAUGGAACUAUAUGGACAUAUUUGUGAUGAUUGUCAGCAUUGGAUUGGCCUCCAAAUUUCAACAGCUCAACGAUGAUUUGCGAAAUUUUAAGGGAAUGAAUAUGUUACCCACUUACUGGUCGGAACGUCGCAUUCAAUACAGGAAUAUAUGCAUUCUAUGCGACAAAAUGGACAAUGCCAUAUCCCUUAUAACAAUGGUCUCCUUUUCCAAUAAUUUGUAUUUCAUUUGUGUGCAGUUGCUGCGCAGCUUAAACACCAUGCCCUCGGUGGCACAUGCUGUGUACUUCUAUUUCUCACUCAUCUUUCUCAUCGGCCGCACUUUGGCGGUUUCACUGUACUCCUCCAACGUUCAUGACGAAUCCCGGUUAACUUUGAGGUAUCUGCGCUGUGUUCCCAAAGAAUCCUGGUGUCCGGAGGUGAAGAGAUUUUCGGAGGAGGUAAUCAGCGAUGAGGUGGCCUUGAGUGGAAUGAAGUUUUUCCACCUCACAAGAAAACUGGUGUUGAGUGUUGCUGGCACCAUUGUCACCUACGAGCUCGUACUCAUCCAAUUUCAUGAGGACAACGAUUUGUGGGACUGCAAUCAGAGCUAUUACUCAUAAGAUUUAUUGCAU